AUGAAAGCAAGAGUUCGCCAACUACGAAUAGAAUUGAAAUCUACCAAGAAAGGGAACAAAUUUGUCACUGAGUUUUUGCUACGCAUCAAAGUUAUUGCCAAUUCAUUACUCGCAGUUGGUGAUCUCAUCACUGAACAAGACCAAAUUGACUCGAUCCUCAAUGGGCUUCCAGAGGAAUAUAAUCCAUUUGUUAUGCAGAAGUAUGGCUGCCCUGUUCCCCCAACACUAUGUGAUGUUGAAGGUUUGCUCUAUGUGAAAGAAACACAACAUGAUAAAUUUCGUCAAGAACUAGUUGCUAACACAGUCUCUGCAAAUAUUGCUCAUACUGGUCAAAAGGAAGAAAGUUGUAGAGGUAACUACUCAAGGAACCAUGGAAGAGGACACAAGUACAGUCGAGGGCGUGGGAGAGGCAGAACCAUAGCUAGCACUGGAAAUCGUCCAACUUGCCCAUUAUGUGGAAAAUAUGGACACUCUGUCUCCACUUGUUGGCCCAGAUUUGAUGAGAAUUUCAUGCCAUAA